AUGUUCCCGAACAGGAGUUGUGGUGACGCGAGCGGUGGUGCCGGCGACCGGCGUGGCACUGCGGCUGCCGGCCGGCCGCGUGUAGCCCGCACCGAUCCGAAACCUUACGACCUAACUCCCUUGGUGUAUUCGUAUGUUAACACGUUUAUGUUUUUGUACAAUAAUGAGAAGGCAUUAACCGCGGCUCAAUGGUUGCAAAUUGUGUUGAACUGUGUUGUGUCCGGGAGUCGAGUACACAACAAAGCCUCGCUACCGUUGAAAGCAGCGUUCCGCCCCGUGCGUUUCGGAGCCGUGGGAAUGUUAGACUAA